AUGAUUCAUUUGUGUAUUUUAUGUUAUAAAAAAAAUUAAUUAAAAUAUAGAAUAAGAAUGGACGUAUUUUUAAUAAUAAUCUGCUGUGUAAUAGCAGUUCUGCUUCUGGGAAUCAACAUUUAUAUACUAGCUUUAUAUUGUCAUCGUAUAGCAUAAACCUGAUAUUAAUUUAGCAUCUGAUUCUGGAUUUGGAGCUUCUUUAUUUUGUAAAAUAUUAGUAGUACUUGGUUUUACUUUAGCAUGGGGACAAAUCCUAUUAGUGUCAGCAGAUAUAUCAGCUUCAAAGUAUUAUGAUUCAAUCUGAUUAGGGGUGUUUUCACUACUGAAGGAGAUUCUAUGAUGAUUGUCUGGUAUGUUAUAUAUUGUACUAUUUUGGGAAUGGUAGCAUUUUUAAUCCCAUGUGCUUAAUUUUAUUAUGAAAGUGAUGAAGACAAGCCUUUAAUGAAAAGAUUAUUAGAAGUUUUAUGUUAUGAAUUCAUAUUAUUGGGUGUGUUAUUAACUUUAUUAUUGGUUGGAUUUACAUAUCUUGGAACUGCUAGAAUACCUGUUCAUACAAUUACUUAAACAUUUAAUAGUUAAGCUUCAGCUACAUAUCCUAUUGUUUUGAACAAUUAUGAUUUUUAAUAAGUAUUAAAUAAAUUUCAAUUAGACUUAAAGUGACACAAAUGUCGAAAUUUCAGUGUCUUUUCCUGUAUUUUUAAUGGGCUUUAUGGCAUUUAUAGGUUGGUUUUUAUUGGUUUUGUUUGGAGGAGUAGGUCUUUCUGCUUUACCUAUAGAUUUGAUUUCUGAAUAUAUAAAUAGACCUAAAGUCAUUAAAUCAUCUGAAGCAAUGGAAAAAAAAAUGAGAUUAAAAAAAUAAGCUAUAGAAUUAAUCUAAUUUGGUUAAUAAAUUAAAGAAGAAGAAAAAGAAUUAGCUUUAGUAAAUGGAUUUCUAGCAGAAAGAAAAGUUAAAAAUUAAAUUAAAUCAAAAGCUAAAAAGUUUUAGGCUGCUACUGAAGCUCUUGAAAAUGAAUACUAAAUAUUUAAAUUGGAAUUACAAUAUUAAAAUGUUAACCCUAUUGUUUGGAUAUUCAAACUCAUCAUAGGAAUUAUUUUUAUAAUUUUGUCAUUGUUAUGGAUUUUAUAAAUGUAAUACUUAUUUUGCUAAUUUAUAGAUUAUUGUAUAUGUUAAUAAAAAUUAAUGGAUUUCCUGCUUAUAGUUUUUUGAAUAAGAUGUUCAUAUACUUAGAGGGAACUGUGAUGUCAUUCAUUGGAACCAUUUUAUUAGCCUUAUUCACCUUAUAUCUAUUGGGUUGCACUUAUAAGGGUAACUUGAAAUUUGGAUUAAGAAUUCCUUUCCUUUUUACAAUUUAUCCUAUGAAAGUAAAUGAGACUUUUAUGAACAGUUUCCUUUUCAAUGCAAAUCUAUUACUAAUUACUUCUGUUGCUGUUACUCAAUUCAGUAUUUAAGCUUUUUCAGAAUAUACUUAAAAUUCGCAGAUUGCUUUAAUGUUUUUGGGCUAGAUUUAAUAUUUAUAUUUCUUUACUUGGUUCUUUGAUUAUAAUGUAUUUGUAAUAGCACUACUUUCUUGGACUGGAUUAGUCUUAAUUUAUUUGCUUAUAAGAAAACCACCCAAGCCUUAUGCAUUAAUAGAAAUUGAAAAGAGAAAGACAGGAGAUCUUGAAUUAUAAUCAAAAUGA